GGCCGCUUUCCACCAAGGAUGCAGUACCAGGCCACUCCUGACAGCCGAUCUGCCCCUCAUUUUCCAAGGGCUCACCUUGCUGAAGCAGUUGGCAAAGCCAAGACAGGUGGAGGUGGUGGUGGAAGCACUGGUGGAACUGGGAGAGGUCUUGUGGGGCAGAUUAUCCCUAUAUAUGGAUUUGGCAUCUUCUUAUAUAUCCUGUAUAUUUUAUUUAAGCUGGCUUCCAAGGGAAAAAGUGCUGCUGGAGAGCGGAAAUGCCCUACUGCUGCACCUGGAAACCUGAAGAGGAAAAUCACUGACUAUGAGCUCACUCAACUGCAGGAAAAACUAAGAGAGACAGAAGAUGCUAUGGAAAAAUUGAUCAACAGGGUAGGACCUAACUGUGACAGGACUCAAAAUGUUACAACAGACCAGGAAAAAAGGCUCCUUCAGCAACUCCGAGAAAUUACUAGAGUUAUGAAAGAAGGAAAAUUCAUAGAUGGCAUCUCUCCUGAGAAGGAAGCUGAAGAAGCUCCUUACAUGGAGGACUGGGAAGGGUAUCCAGAAGAGACCUAUCCUGUCUAUGAUAAUUCCGAUUGCUUCAAGCGCAAACAGGACACA